AUGGAUGGGCAAUUCCAGCACCUGUUGAGUCCCCUGCAAAUGGGGGAUCUCCAGCUUAAGAACCGAGUGGUCAUGGCGUCCCUGACACGGAACCGAGACAGUGUCCCCCGCGAGGACCUCCAUGUCCCAUACUACGCUGAGCGAGCGGGAACUGGCUUGAUUAUCUCAGAAGCGGCAUUGAUCUGCCCACAAGGUGUUGAGUGGACAUUCAUGCCCGGUAUCUACUCGCAAGAACACGUCCAGGGUUGGAAAAAGGUCACAGACGCCGUGCACGCAAAAGGUGGAAUCAUCUUCUGCCAGCUUCAUCAUGUUGGACGAGUGGCGCAUCCUGGGACGCGAGUUCAGCGAGAGUCAGGCCAACCUGUGCCGGGCCCAUCCGCUGUCGCUGCAAGGGGAGGCAAGUUCCGCAACGUGCCUGGAGGACCAGGCUACGUUGUUCCCACUGCAAUUGAGGACCCCAGGACCAUCAUCGAACUGUACGGGAACGCGUCACGGCUGGCAAAAAAGGCUGGCUUUGACGGUGUGGAAAUUCACAACGCGAAUGGCUACUUGCCCAUGCAGUUCCUGGAAUCCCACAGCAACCGCCGCGAAGAUGAAUGGGGUGGCCCCUUAGAGAACAGGAUGCGCUUCUCGCUAGCGUGUCUGGCAAAAAUGAACGAACACUUCCCCUGGAACCGGAUCGGGGUCAAGAUUGCUCCCUGCGGCGGUUACAACGACAUGGGCGAGAUGGACCUUGAAGGAAAUCCGUCUCCCGAGGCCGCCCUCGCCACCUACGGCGGGUUCUGCGCUGAGCUUGAUAAGCUUGGACUCGCUUACGUCCAGGUCAUGCGAUGGUGGGAGUCUUACGACUUGAUGAUUGAGGGCAAGCCUCGCGGCGUCCAGUGGGAUCCCAUCGCUGCCCUGCGGCCGAUCCUAGCCAACACGCUUCUGUUUGGCAACACGGCCUUCACCCCCGAGGAGGCUGAUGAGUGGAUCCAGAAGGGUUACAUGGAUGCUGCAGUGAUCGGGAGACCUCUCCUCUACAACCCGGAUUACGUCGAGAAAUUGCAGCUCGGUCAGGCGGACGAGUUGUAUCAGGAACAGCCAGGUGACGAGCAUUGGUGGUAG